UUAUAUUCAUUUAUUUUAUAUUUAAUGUGCUAGUAGCAUUUAUUACUUUUAUUCCUUCCUUUGCACAACUCUUUUUUUCUUUAAUUUCCCAUCAAUUUCUCUCUAUAGUCUUUCUUCUUCUCUGCAAAAAAAAAAAAAGUAAAGACCAAGUCUUUAAAAAGGUCAAACAAAAAUUCAAGAAGAAGAUGGGUAUUCCAAGAAUAGUAAUGGGUGUUGAUAAUUUAAGUGAAAGAGCAACAAUGAUGAGAGAAUCAGUACAAAAAAGUCAGUCAAUUACAGAUAAUAUGGUUUCUAUUUUGGGUUCUUUUGAUCAUCGUCUUUCUGCUCUUGAAACUGCUAUGCGUCCAACACAGAUUAGGACUCAUGCUAUCCGGAAAGCUCAUGAGAAUAUCGAUAGGACUUUGAAGGCUGCGGAUGUUAUACUGUCCCAAUUUGAUCUUUCUCGUCAGGCGGAAGCGAAAAUACUUAAAGGCCCACACGAGGACCUAGAAAGUUACCUUGAAGCAAUUGAACAACUGAGAAACAAUAUUCGCUUCUUCAACAACAACAAAAGCUUCAAGAGUAGUGAUGGAGUGCUCAACAACGCAAAUAGUUUACUUGCUAAGGCUAUUUCAAAGCUUGAAGAGGAGUUUAAGCAGCUCUUGUCGUCUUACAGCAAACCUGUUGAACCGGAACGUCUUUUUGAAUGCCUUCCAAAUUCAAUGCGACCAUCAUCUGGAUCACCAGGAGAACAGGACUCUAACAGUAAGCACCAUAAUAAUGGAACAGAUAAUACCGUCUAUACACCACCAACUCUUAUCCCUCCAAGGAUCUUGCCGCUACUGCAUGAUCUAUCCCAACAGAUGGUUCAAGCUGGUCAUCAACAACAGCUGGUAAAAAUAUACAGGGAUACACGUUCUCCUGUUCUGGAAGAAAGUCUUCGCAAGUUGGGAGUGGAAAAACUUAGUAAAGAUGAUGUUCAGAAGAUGCAAUGGGAAGUUCUCGAAUUUAAAAUUGGCAAUUGGAUUCAUUUUAUGCGGAUUGCUGUCAAAUUGUUAUUUGCUGCGGAGCGAAAAGUUUGUGAUCAAAUGUUUGAAGGAUUUCAGCAGCUCAAAGAUCAAUGUUUUGCUGACGUUACUACUGGGAGUGUUGCUGUGCUGCUUAGUUUUGGUGAUGCAAUUGCCAAAAGCAAAAGAUCACCUGAGAAGUUGUUUGUGCUUCUAGAUAUGUACGAAAUAAUGCGGGAACUUCACUCAGAGAUUGAAUCACUUUUUAGAGGUAAAUCUUGCAACGAAAUCAGGGAAUCUGCCUUUGGUUUGUCAAAGCGACUUGCUCAGACAGCCCAAGAAACCUUUCGUGAUUUUGAAGAAGCUGUGGAGAAAGAUGCAACCAAAACUGCCGUCUCAGAUGGAACUGUCCAUCCUUUGACGAGCUAUGUGAUUAAUUAUGUGAAGUUCCUGUUUGACUAUCAAUCAACAUUGAAACAAUUAUUCCAAGAAUUUGAAAAUGGAGACUCAAAUCAACUUGCUGCUGUCACAAUGCGCAUAAUGCAGGCUCUUCAAACCAAUUUGGAUGGGAAAUCUAAGCAGUAUAAGGAUCCAGCUCUGACUAACUUGUUCCUUAUGAACAAUAUUCACUAUAUGGUCAGAUCUGUUCGCAGGUCUGAAGCCAAGGAUUUAUUGGGUGAUGAUUGGGUUCAAAGACACCGUAGAGUUGUACAGCAACAUGCAAAUCAAUAUAAAAGAAUUGCUUGGGCAAAGAUUCUGCAAUGCCUCUCGAUUCAAGGGCUAACAUCAUCUGGGGGCAGCAACCCUAUGGGUGUAGAUGGACAAAAUAGUAGUGGAGUUUCAAGAGCGCUUGUAAAAGAAAGGUUGAAGACGUUCAAUAUUCAAUUUGAGGAGCUUCAUCAAAGACAAAGUCAAUGGACAGUCCCAGACACCGAAUUACGAGAGUCAUUGAGGCUUGCAGUUGCUGAAGUCUUACUGCCUGCGUACAGAUCUUUCAUCAAGCGCUUCGGGCCCAUGGUUGAGAAUGGUAAGAACCCCCAAAAGUAUAUCAGAUACUCGGCUGAAGAUCUUGAACGUAUGCUUGGUGAAUUUUUUGAGGGCAAGACAUUGAAUGAACCAAAACGGUGAACCUCAGACUACAAAAGGUUCUGCAUUCCGCACUAUUUCUUUGCUGAUUCGUGACGCAGUUGUUACCUGAUUGAGUUCUUUCCCCAAGUUGAUGGUGGCCCUCGGGUUCUUUGUUUACUAUUUCCAUGUGUAGUAUCUGCAGGUUGCAUGAAAAGUUUUAGGAAAUAAAAGUGACGAGUAUAUAGGGAUGAGUACCUUAAAAUUUAGUGCUUCUUUAACGUCCUCUUGUAGUUCUAGUGUUUAACGUUGAAUGUAACGUUUUGUAUAGCAAAAGGUCAUUGUUAUUCGUUCAUGUUAAUUUUUUUCAACCUUAUUACAAGAGAUUUUUUUCUUUUUUCCCCACAUUUUCUUAUAAGUAUUUCCACAUUUGUUUGUAUAUUUGAGUUAUUCUACUAUUGAAGUAAUGCUAACUGGGUUCUGACAGUUGGUGUUUUUUCCUGA